AUGUCCGACGCCCCCGUCUCCUUCCUUCCCUACGGUGCAAUCAUCCAGUCGCUGAACGUCGGCGGGCUCAAUAUCGUGCAGGGCUUCCCGCGCCAGGAGGACUAUGAGAAGUUCAACUUCCCCUAUUUUGGCGCGACCAUUGGCCGUGUCGCGAACCGCAUCAAGGGCGCUCAGCUCGACAGCAUCAAUGGUGGCAAGACCUAUGCGCUGGCAAAAAACAACGGCCCUAACAACCUACACGGCGGCAAUGUUGGCUGGGACAAGAAGGUGUGGAAUGGGCCGACUCCGAUGGGUAUCAGGCAGAUUCCUGGACUAGGAGAGAUCGAGGGUGGUGAGAGCGUAAAGUUCGAUCUGGUUAGCCCUGAUGGUGAGGAGGGUUUCCCUGGUACUGUAGAGGUCAGCGUGGUGUAUACCGUUGGCAAGCAGCAGCAGGAUGGUAAGGAGGUGAUUGUGCUGGGUAUGGAGUAUGAGGCUGAGCUGGUUGGCGGUGCUGAGGAGACGGUCGUUAACCUGACGAACCACUCCUACUUCAACCUCUCCGGCGCCCCUACCAUCGAAGGCACAGUCGUCACCCUCUGCACAAACACCCACCUCCCGCUCGACGACGGCGGCAUCCCCAUCGCCGGCCCCGCUCCCUUCCCCAAGGUCGAGGGCAACACACCUUUCGUUCUGGGCGCUGUCGAUCCCGAUAUUGAUGACUGUUUCGUUGUCAACACCGACAGCAAAACCAUCCCGAUCGACACUCGCAACGAGAAGCUCGUCAAGCUGGUCGAGGCGCACCACCCUGACUCCAAGGUUCACCUUGAGGUGUACAGUACCGAGCCGGCCUUCCAGUUCUACACGGGCAAGUACAUUGAUGUGCCAGAGGUUCCUGGCGCUCUGGCGAGGGGUAAAAGGAGUGGUUUCUGUGUUGAGCCGAGCCGGUAUGUGAACGCGAUCAAUGUGGAGGAGUGGAAGAACCAGGUGCUGCUGAAGAAGGGCGAGAAGUACGGCUCCAGGAUUGUGUACCGCGCUUGGAGGGAGUAG